AUGCCCCAGCAGCAGCACAACCUCCGCGAUGAACAGGACGAGGACGACGACGAGGAGGAGCAAGUGCGCGAGCGCGACCUGGUGGAGGCCUACGUGGCCGAGCACGCGCUCGAGUCCUCGCUGAACGACGUCAUCAACCAGGUGGUGGCCAGUCGGCCGGAAGAUCCGUUCCUCAUGCUCUCGUCGCUGCUGUACGCGCGCGCGACGACCAAGCGCGGCAUCUUCUUCGUGCAGGUGGCCGAGGUGCUGGACGCGUCGGGUGAGCCGACGGUGCUCGUGAGGCUGCACACUGGCAAGGGAGUGUUUGAAGGCUGCUGCUCCUCCGAAGCUGUCGGGAUCACGGACCGGGAGUGCAGCGCGCAGUUCAAAGAUCUUGACGCAGACGACAACGCAGAGGAAGGCGACACACCCACCUACGUUCCUCCCAACAAGCAGCGCUACGGCGGUCAUGGUUACGCCAAAAUUGCAGCGAUAGCCCAGGAGCUGCUGAUCGAGAAGCUCGUGAACACAGAGCCGUCCGACCAGGGAGCUCUGGACGACGUCCUGCAAGGCCUGGAGGCCACGGUAGGGCGCAAUGUGUGUCUGGCCACGUCGCUGGCCAUUUGCCAAGCUGGGGCCAAGUACGCGGAGCUGCCGCUUUGGGACUACGUGGCCAAGCUGCAGGAGCUCCCGCCGGAGAACCAGUGCGUCCCCAUGCCGCUCUUUAGCGUCGUGAAUGGCGGCAAGUACGCGUCCAACAAACUGUUCGCGCAGGAGGUUCUGAUGACGCCCACGAGCGCCGCGAGCUUUGCAGACGCACUGCAGAUCGCUGUCGAGUUCAACACCGCACUCCGCGUGCAGCUUGAGACUCACGGCGUCGGCUUCACCAACCGAGGGGCGUUCGGAGGCUUUGCUCCGCAGCUCCAGACACUGGCGGAAGUGUUUCAGAUCCUUCGAGCAACUCUGGACGAGGUUCGAGCGCGACUGGAAGACCCCGACGGGGCUGCGAUCUCACUGGCCAGUGCGUCUCCGCUCCGAGUGGACUUUGGUGUCGACUUCGCCGCGUCCGAGUUCGUCUUGCAGCAGACGCGAACGGACGGCGAAGGCGCGGACCAGAACGACGAAGACAACGACACGCCGCGGUCGUUCACGUACAACACGGACCGGUGGGUUCCUGGAUCAAGCGGCGCGCUCAAGAACAGCGACGAGUUGCUGGACAUUAUGCGCAGUAGCGUGAAGGAAUUGGAGCUCACCACGGUAGUCGACCCGUUCGACGCUGGAGACAUCAAGAGCUUCGCCGCUCUCCACAGCGCUGAGAACGACGUGGAUGGCAGCGCUCUGAACUCUGGAGACCCGGUUGAUGCUGCCAAUGAGGAAGUGAAGGGAAACAACGCGGGUCUUGGUGGUGACCCGAACUGCCGCGUGCAGAUUGUAGGGCGGAAUGCGGUGGAGCGUUACGGUCUCUCAGCGCUGAACGAAGAGCGCGCGUGCAACACGGUGCUUCUCGUCCUGCACCAGUUCCCGACUGUCACAAAGUUGCUGCAAGCCAUCACGAACGCGCAGCAUCUCGGACUUGCUGUCGUCUUAGGCGCUUCAGGGGGACAAUUAGGUGCCGACGCCGAGAUUCUGAGCGCUCUAGCCAUGGGCUCGGGCGUUGGUCAGGUCAAGUUCGGCGGAGUGCUGGGUGCUGAGUGUUUGGACAGAUAUCGGAAGCUGCUGCUCGAGAGCCAAGAGCCUGGCGCUCCACCAUUCGUAGGUGCCAAAGCCUAUCGUCGGUAA